GUUCCUUCUCUUUUUAAUGCUUGAAGAUGUAGAUUCUGUAGUUUGUCGAGUAUGGCGAUUUUCCUUGACGCUCAAAAGUCUUCCGCUUCGAAACAUAAACUCAAAACUUCGUAUGAAAGACCGGAAAUUAUCUCCGUAGGAGACAGAAAGCCACAUCCAAAAACUAGGAAUUCGAGCGCGGAAUCAUAUAUUCCAUUUCCCAAACCAACCUUAGCCGUGUCGAUCAAGCUCGGUUCCAGCAGGGUAAGACGCAUAGAAUUUAUUCAGAGCUCUAGAACACCCGGCUCUCGUUCUGUAACACCAAAAACCCACAAAUCCAAAAAGCCCACAAAUAGAAAAAUUGAGAGAGAGAGAGAGAGAGAGAGAGAAAAGAGUUUGGUUGAAACGGCGAGAGAUCAACUGGAGGGAGAGACACUGGCCGGAGAUAGAAACGGCGGCGGAGGUAGAUGCUGGCAGUACGUCCCCCAAAUAGUCAAAUCAAUGAUAUAAAAGACCAAGAACGAGAAAAUUCUGGAAAUAUCGAGAAGGAAAAAGAAGAAAAAGACAACCAACCCUACACGUCAUCCUCCGGAAACAGGAAGCUUCCUGCAUGCGCUCCCGCCGCUGAAUAAAAAUAUACAACUGGUAAUUCGCAAUUCAACAACGCAUGAGAUAGGCACUGAGCUCUUAAAACCGCGUUCUUGCUUUCCAGAUUCCCCAUUCCCCCUAUUUAUCCCCUCCCUCCCUCUCUAUCUUCCAUAUCUUGAAUACGUACGAACAUCCAUCCACCCACGUCUGUAACACAACUUUUCGUUUAUCUUUUGUGCUUAUAUUAAUUUAAAGCUUUGACUUUCGUUUCCAACUUCCCGUGUUCUGUCUGUAUAUAUAUAUAUACCAAGGAGCCAACUUACUUUCAUUCAACUAAAUUCCAAAGGUUCUGGUGUCAGAAUUCGAGCACUUGAGAGUUCUUUGUUCUCUAGUAUUAACAGUUAGCAAUUCAAUCUUCAUCAUGAUCAAAGCUAAACACGAUGCAUCAUCUUCUCCUCCCCCUUUGACGGAUGGGAAGCAUAAUAAUGUGACAUCUCCAAAAUCAGCUCUGGGAAAAUUAUGUCGCAAACUGUCUUCGAGAAAGAGUACUGAAAAGCAGCGUUCUCUUCUGGGUUCUGAUUCAGAGACGACGAACAAAUUGAUCUGCAGCGAGCUCCAAAAGGUGUUCGAUUACUUGGACGUGAAUGGAGAUGGUAAAAUAUCUCCUGCCGAGUUGCAAGGCUGCGUGACCACUGUGGGGGGCACUCUGUCCGUGGAUGAGGCGGAAGAAACCGUGAAGUCGUCUGAUUUGAACGGGGAUGGGCUGCUGGACUUCGAGGAAUUCCAGAAGCUAAUGGAGACAAGCGGGGAAGAUGAAAAGAAUGACACGCUCAAAGAGGCUUUUGCUAUGUAUGAGAUGGAGGGGUCCGGCUGCAUCACUCCCACGAGCUUGAAGAGAAUGCUAAAUCGACUCGGCGAUUCCAAGUCCGUUGAGGAUUGUAAAGCUAUGAUCCGGAAGUUUGAUCUCAAUGGGGAUGGCGUUCUCAGCUUUGAAGAGUUCAGAGUCAUGAUGCACUGAUCCACCCAAUAUUGCUGCUAUUCAGCAAGAAUGUUUCUUCUUUUCUUAGCACUUCGUUCUUUCUUUUCGUACAUAUUGGUUGAUAAGAGAUUUGACAGUCUUACCACAAAAUAUCUAUAAUAAGAUUACGUUUGGUUU